UCGCCCUUUCGAAAAACGAAAAAAAGCUGUGUGAGAACAAGCAAGCGCGCGCUAAGUCCAAAUCUGCGAGGAGCGCGCGCGCUAAGUCCAAAAUCUGCGAGGUCCAAAAUCUGCGAGCGGACGCGGAUAGCAAUCGUAGCCAGGGGUGAAGUGAGGAGGCUCUGGGGUUCGGACUCAGGUUCAGGUGAUUCUGCCGAAGGCGAAGUUGCUUCAAGAGCCAGGAUGUGGGUGUCUGCGGAAGCUCAAUUGGCGGCAGGUUUAAAGAGACUAGCAGCGAAGGUCAAACCAACUUGGUUCAAUGGCAAGUUUGUCGGAACGGACAUGUCAGCGAAAAACAUCGCGCGCGUGCGGAGGCAAGUUUUGCUUGUUGGAGAAGAAUGGCCCUACGAUAAGCCUCGCAAGGAGAUGAAGACGAGAGUGAAGGGUCACAAGGUGGAUCGCAUUGCUCAGGCCAAGCGAGAGAAAACAAAGGAGUUGAUGGAGCAAAUGCCGCAGCUGCUGGCAGACAUGAAGAACAAGAAGAAGACAAAAAAAUCGUAACAAAAUCGGAGAGGGCAAGUGCUCGGGUAAUGUAACCCAGGGGUGAGGGAGGGAAGGGUUGGCAGUGUUGGUACUGCUGUGCGGCAUCUCUACCUUAAAAUACUUACUUGGGUGAAGCCAAGUCCAUGUUCUUCUUCUUGAAGACAAACGUCUACCUUAAAACAUACAGAUUUUGGUGAAGCCAAAUCUAUGUUGUUCUUUGUGGAAACAAAAAUUUCUUGUCUUG